UGAAUAACAGCUGUAUAGCGAAAAAUGAAAAUAAAUCGUUCUGAUUAUACUCUCUUUAGUUACUAGUCAAAGUCAUCUCAUUAAUCAAGAAAGCCUAUGUUAUAUACACGUCACUACGUCACUAGUGAUAGUCCAGGCUAGGGUUGUCAUUAAUAUUUUGGUGCUUAUGCUUAUUUAUAAGCUUUAUAAUCUUUUCUAGAAAAAAAUGUAAAAUAGAAAAUAUUACUUUUUUAGUUAUUUGUUUUGUUUCUUACUUAAUAGAAAGUGAAGGUAACGAAAAAAGGUUAAACAGCCUUAUCACUGGCAAAGUUUUUUUAAAGAAUUCUAUCAAUAUCAUUUUGUACGCAAUUAAUCAUAUUCGUAUAAUUCCAGUCCAGUCAUGUGCAAGUUAUUAUCAGUAUUAUACUGGGAAGACAACAGACCAAGAGAUCGAACAUGCUACAAUAAAAUAUUUAUACACAGUAGAAAUAUAUAUUUUAAGGCAGCCAACUGUGACUGAAUUAUAAUUAUAUGCUAUUUUAUAACGCGAUGAAAAAAUUUAAAACUGCUUCUAGCAAAGCACCAUUUUUAUAAAGCUGUUUUGUUACGUACUAGAAGUGAAAGCAAUAAAAUGGGAGGCCCCGACGCCUUAUGAUCCAGUGUGGUGGGCCAGCGUUCAAAGCCAUGCGCCAGUGCCACCACUAAGUGAGACACGAUUGUCGUGCUGCUUUGAUGAUACUGAUGUUGAAUUCAGACUAUUUACAAGACGGAACCCCUUCAUGUACCAAGUUCUCAAAACUAACGAUUCGUUCAAUCUGCGCAGCUCAAACUUUAACUUCAAUAACAAGGUGAAAGUUUUAGCUCACGGCUGGCUCAACCACGGGGACGGACCUAUGCCAGAAUCCAUUAAAGAAGCAUAUCUUAACGUUAGCGAUUUGAAUAUAAUCGUUGUGGAUUGGGGGAAACCUGCAAACGUAAACUAUAUCUGGGCCAGUUACAAUGUUGCCAUGGUUGGGAGGCUUCUUACUGAGUUCCUCAAUUUCUUGAUUUGUGAAGGGGUUUCAAUGGACGACGUACAUCUGAUUGGUCACAGCUUAGGCGCUCAUGUCGUUGGAAUAGCUGGAGCUUAUGUCAAACAAGGACCUAUUGAUACUAUAACAGGUUUAGACCCAGCGUUACCAUUGUUUACAUUGGGGAAUAAAAAUGCACGCCUGGACAAACACGAUGCACGGCACGUUGAAGUCAUUCACACUUGCGGGGGUUAUCUCGGCUUUGCUUCGCCAUUGGGGCACAUUGAUUUUUAUCCCAACGGCGGUACUCGACAGCCAGGAUGCGGAAUAGAUUAUAGAGGCUUAUGUGCUCACAACCGUGCGCAUAUGUACUUCGCGGAAUCUAUUACUUCGGCCGUGCCCUUCACCGCAGUUCGGUGUAUAGACUACGACGAACUCUACUAUCAGGGAUAUUGUAGAGGCACCGGCGAGAAGUUGAUUAUGGGUGGAUUUAACAUACAUUAUGGGAAAGACGGAAUUUACUACCUCAAGACCAGUGCGGAGAAACCCUUCGCCUUAGGGGACGUGGCCCCAUGAGUUAAGGUCACCUCUACAUCUUCAUCAACGUCGAUAAGGCGUUGAAAUUUAUACAUUUGUGUAUACUUAAUUUGUAUACUACAUCAAUACUGUGUUACCUGUUAAAAAGCGAUUGUUUUCAUUCAUUUCAACAAAAUUUUGCAAUCGGACUGUUCUUUAUUACGGAAAAGACAAUAAUUAGUCCUGAAUAUAGAUUGUACCGAUAAGAACCGGCAAGAAAUUGAGUAGUAACUAUAAGUUUCAUAGGUAAAUAAAAACGAUUGAUUUAUGAAAUCGUCGUCGAUUUUCUUGGUAAUACAUUUUAUCCAAAUUCUUUGUUUAUUUAUUCUCAUUUUUAUAUAUUUAAUUUUCCAUAAUUUACACAAUAAAUUUAAAAAGUUCAAUGUAAAACAAAUUUUGGCUUGAAAGGUAAAUGGGGCUUUAGGUCAGCUGUUCAUAGAGUUAGAUAGUCUACUUAAGGACAUUGCUUAUUUCAAUGAGUGUGUGGAGGUACCAUUAACUUUAUUUAUUAAUUCCUAUUGCCAACUUCGCCUUUAAAUUAAUUUUUCAGCGACAUUAUGAAGGGUGAAAAAGUUAUUCGUUAGGGGCAGUAAGUGGGCCAGUCAUUGUUUAAUUAUUUAUGCCACCCAGUUCAUUUUGUUAGGAGUUUAAUAAUUAACUUAUAUAAAAUGUAUAUGAAAUAUUUAAGUAAAAUAUAAAUCAAUUAAUAUAUA